AUGAAGAUUCUCUCCCUCUUGGCGGCGACAGCGGUCGUGCCCGGGGUGCUAGCGGCGCAAACCCCAGCACCCGGUGGCUUGGCAGAAGCUCUCGGAGAAUUUCCCACAUGCUCGCUGCCGUGUCUGGCCGAAUCCUUGAACAAGACAAGGUGCGACUCGACCGACACUGCCUGUAUCUGCGCCGAUCAGCCACUGCAAGACGCCGUGGCGAGCUGCGUCCUACAAAAAUGCAGCAUCCCGGAAGCCCUGUCCGUCAAAAACAUCACGAACACAGUAUGUGAGGUGCCGCCUCGCGACCGAAGCCGCAAGUACAUCAUCGUCUCGGAUACUCUGGGCAUCAUCUCUGCCCUGUUCGUCAUUCAGCGAUUCACAUACAAGCUUUGGGCGCGCCUCGACUACGGAUGGGACGACUGGUUCUGCCUGGCCACCAUUGUUAGCGGCGUGCCAGCCACCGUCUUCAACGCGCACUGGCUACCGCAAAACGGUAUGGGCCGCGACGUGUGGACACUCGCGCCGGGCCAAAUCACCAAGUUCGGCCUCGGCUUCUACGUCAUCGAGGUGCUCUACUUCCAGCAGGUGGCCACGCUGAAACUGUCGCUGCUGUUGUUCUACGUCCGCAUCUUCCCGAGCCGGCCCGUCCGCCGGCUGCUCUGGGGCACCGUCGGCUUUGUCGCCGCGUGGGGUGUCGCCUACGUGUUUCUCGGCCUCUUCCAGUGCACGCCGAUCCGUUACUUCUGGACCAAAUGGGACGGCACGCAUUCGGGGCACUGCCUGGACAUCAAUGCGCUCGGCUGGUCCAAUGCCGGCAUCAGCAUCGCGACGGAUCUGUGGAUGCUCGGCAUUCCGCUGUGGCAGCUCCGGAGCCUGCAGCUGGACUGGAGACGCAAAGUCGGCGUCGCCAUCAUGUUUGUUGUGGGCACCUUUGUGACCGUCAUGAGCAUCCUCCGCCUUCGCUCCCUCGUCACUUUUGGGGCGCAGUCCCAGAACCCGACAUGGGAGUUCUUCGACGUGGCCCUGUGGUCCGACAUUGAAAUCAACGUCGGCCUGAUGUGUAUCUGCAUGCCGUCGCUACGGCUGCUGCUGGUACGGCUGUUUCCCAAGGUGCUCGGGACCACACAGCGGUACUACGCGAAAUACUCGCUUUCCGGCAACAAGUCGGCCCAUGAUCGUGAGCCGCCGAGGUUCGGCACCGUGUCGACGUCGAGGGCCGAGCAGGAUGUCUUUCAGGGCCGCCACGAGCUGAAUCAGAUCUCGUACCAGAAAAGCUACGCGGUCAACUACGGCGAGCCAGAUGAUGUAGAGCUGGUAGCUGGUGCGGGUGAAAUGGACAGGACAAGUGCGAAAUCGCUUACAUCAGUCUCUGCACGCGGAAGUUCCGACAAGGAACACCGUCCAUAA